UUAUUUAUUUAUUUAUUUAUAAACAGAUAUUUACAGGAUUUCGCUGAGUUUUUGUGAUUGUUGCGGCUACAAAUGCUUGAUUUUUCUGUGGCUGUUUUCUCCAAAACUUGUGAUGCAGUUUGCAGAGUUUUUUGUGGGGAAACUACUUGAAUUAGUGAAAUUGCAAUUGCAAAAAAAUGUUUUGCGUGGUCUUUUGCAAUGAUAUUUGUUGGUAAAUGAGAUUUUUAGCUGCACUCAUGUUCGACGCAUGUGAAUCGAAGAGACCUUCGGAUGAAAGCCCAUUGUGAUGAUGUCACAUUGCGCAUUGUGAUGACUUCACGUGACGAGUCUUGAACGAAAUCUGUGGAAAAUCUGCGGCAAUUUAGAAAAUUUGCAAGCGUUAAUUUCUGUGAUUGCAAAAUCCUGGAGGGACUGAUUGGUUUUGGUAUCCACAAACCUCUACAGCUGCAAUAAAUAACCAAAAUAUUAUUGCACACAUUUCCAUAAUGAGUCUUAUAACUGAAUAAUUAGAUUAUGUUUGGAGGGGGUCAGUGAAAUUUAUUUUACAGUGGUCCCUAAUUGUGAAAAGUUAGAGAACCCCUGCCUUCCAACAGAGCGUGUCUACUUUCUAGGUUUUGCCAGAAGAGGGGGGCAAAAUACCAGUUUUUAUCAAAGCGUAGCCUUGCUCUCAGUGAUGAUAGUGUUCAAUGCAACUGUUACAUCGGGUUUUAUAUUUCUUUUGGACACAGUAACUAAUAACUAAAACUAUACCGUAGAAAAAUUUGCUUAGACAUUCAAAUAUAAGAUUACAGAUAACAGUCAAUACAUUUUUUUUUCGGGCUAGGCUGAGCUUUAAGAUUUGACACUUGAGAAAACUUUGAUUUUUCUUUUAUAUAACGCAUGUAGACCAUGCGUAUGGGUUCACUUUAUAUCCUUCUGCUAAAAAAGGAAAAUAGAAAAGACAAGACAUGAACGCACCGAGAGAGAGAGAGAGAGAGAGAGAGAGAGAGAGAGAGAGUGGGAGAGAGAGAGAGAGAGAGAGAGAGAGAACACUCCGUUCUGCAGUCUCUGACAACUCAGAAGUGACCCACACCAGUCUGCUGCUCUCUUCUGUCCCAGUGGCAUAAAAACAGUGAAUAAUGUGAUAAACAAAUCAGCGAAGAGGUUGAUCGCCUGACGUUUAUGGUUUUCUUCUUUGCCUUUGGCUGCGAUUUUGGAUUUCGCGCCGUCUCCGAGCGAUUCGCGCAGACCUCUCCACAAGAGAUGCUGCCAUGUCCCGAGGGCUGUUCCCGCGAGUGAACGUGUGCUGGAUCGCGGCGCUGCUGCUCGGGAACCUGGCCGUGGCGUCCGCCGCCCGCGCGCACACCUGCAGCGAGGUGAAAACAGCCUUCCAGCUGCGCCAGAUCGGCCCGCUCAAGUGGGUACCGGAAGCACCUGCCACAGAUGUGAACCUGUUGGUGUGUAAGCAUGUUGGGCCAUCCUGCUGUACUCGUAAGAUGGAGGAGAGCUACAAAGUGGCAGCUGUGAGGGAUACUGUGCAGAAUAUCAGGUCAUACACCUUCGAACUCAAGUUCCUGAUCUCAGGCCAUGCUAAUGCCUUCCAGGAUACGUACCAGUCUCUGUUCACUUUCUCCCAAGGUCACCUGACCUCUCUUUUUGAGAGCACCUUCACCUCUCUGUCUUCUAGAAUUGCUCCCCAUGUAACUUCCCUCUUCUCCAGUCUUUCCAACUUCAUCCAGGACACCGCCAGCAUUUCUGUGGAUGCUGCUGUCUAUCGCUUCUAUGACCACCUCUUCCCGCUAGUCCACAACCACAUCAUCAAGCCGGGCAUUGCUGAGGAUAACAACCUCUCUGAAUGCCUCCGUGCCACUCAGCAGGAUGUGAAUCCAUUUGGCCAUCAUGCUCAAGCCAUGGCUGAGGAUUUGACAGACGCCAUGCAGGCAGCCAGGGCACUAACCAGGGCAUUUGUCAUGGGUGAAGACUUGAUGAAUGUCACAGAAGUGGCACCUCUGACCAAUGAGUGUGCCCGAGCACUUCUGAAGAUGCAAUACUGCCCACAUUGCCAAGGGUUAACCCUCAUACGUCCUUGUCCCGAGUUCUGCCUCAAUGUUAUGCGUGGAUGCCUGGCAAAUGUGGCAGAGUUAGACAUGCCAUGGAGGCACUAUGUGGCUAUCCUGGAGGACCUCACACACACCGUAGCUGGAGAGCACAGCCUGGAACUUGCCCUGCUCAGGGUGAGAGGUCAUGUCAACGAGGCCAUACUGUACGCACAGCUACAUGAAGCCAGGAUCAGUGCUACUGUGGAUAAAGUGUGUGGCGAGUCCGUGGCUGAGGCCCAAAGUACUCACCCCACCACUGCUAAGAUGAUUCCCACAGUAACACUUGUCCCAGAACCCAUGGCCAACCAAUCAGACUCUAAUGUCAUGAAACAGCCUGGAAGAUUAUCCCAUCUACGCAGCUCACUCCCUCUGAAACUCACCAAACACAAUAAAGAUAGAAGUCUAAAACAGAUUGCUCGAGAGCUCAUGAAGUAUAUUCCACGCUACAAGGGAUUUUUUGCGGCAGUGCCGGAGAUGCUGUGUGAAGGAGAGGUUGUACGUGAUGAACCCACUUGCUGGAGCGGAAACUAUGUAGUAGAUAGUUAUAAAGGUCGAGUGGUGGGCAAUGGAGUUCUUGCUCAGAGGCAGAAUCCCGAGGUGAGGGUCAUAGGUCCCGAUGCUAUGCUAGCAGCAGUCAAAGAGAGACUUGAGCACUUCAACCAGGAGGUACAACGGCACAUGCCAGGACUGGGACACAGGGAUUCAUAUGGAGACCUGGGCAGUGGUGAAGACAGCAGCGGGGAGUGUGAUGAUGAGGAUGGUUGCCAAGGUUCAGGGGAAGACACAACUAAAUCCUCUAACACAGACUCUAAUGUUGACACUGAGGUGGUGGUGAAAUCUCCUCCUCAUGAGGCUCCUGUUGGACGCUUUAUACCCAAACUCAACAAUGGCGCUCAUCUAGUUCUCCCCUCCUUCACCACGCUCAUCUUCAUCCUGGGCCAGCAAUGGACCUUGACCUGAGAGGUUGAAGAUACACAUAAUUAUGAAUAAAACCACAAGAUCUUCAUCUGCCUGGAUGCUUAUGUCUAGCUCCAUAUUGUCUUCCAAGACUGCUGCCAUUUUUCAUGGCAGCAAAUAUCUAAUAUAUUCUUAAAACAUUUUCUCUUACAUGCACACGCAUAUGAUCAAGCAUAUCAAUAGUCAUAACUGCUUUUAAUCAUAUUCUCUCAGAUUAAAUGUCACUUAAAUACCACACAUCUAAACCUUCAACCUGUCAGUAAAAUGCAUGACAGAAGCACUUCUCAAGCAUUAAUGGACAAAUACAAUAACUGAUCAGCACGGAAUGUUCUUGUUAUUAAACACAUACACAGAGAGGAAGAAAUAGAAAAAUUAAAUAUUAGUGUUAUGCUUAAUGUAGUAUGUAUAUAGUUAUGAUUCCAUAGUGAAGACCAUAGUGAAGUUUUAAAUCCCCAAACCCCAACCUUUUUAAUAUAACCCACUGGUGCACACAGAAAAACACACAUAUGUCUUUUUAACCAUCAUGAAAUGAUAUCGAUAGAUUCAAUAAAAAUGAAUUAAUUAUCUGUUAAAUAGCUUCAGAUCAAUCUUUUAAAAUCAUCAGGUUUAAAACUUUCAGCUGUUACCCUGCAUCAAAGCCAACGAACAAAAAAAGAGUAGGUUCAGAUGUGCCAUGUGAUUUUCACAUCACCUCAAGUUUACUUAAAGCAAUGGAAACAUUUAUAUGCAUGAAAUAUUUUCAGUAAUACUGCAGAAUUCAUCUUGGUGUUCAUAUGAGUAAUGUCUUCAUGUUUUAUGUUCAUUUUCAUUAACUAAGUUACCAUUCUUAAAGGACUAGCUAAGUGUCCAUCCACUCUAACUUAUUUUUAAAUUUCAAAUUCCAGAACAGUCACUGCAUCUGAAAACUCAUCUUGAUAGUAAAUAUGUUAGAAUUCUGAUUGCAAAUUCAUAGUUUAAGCUUCCCAUAUUACUUAAUACUUAAAGUUCCAGCUCUACAAAUAAUUGACUUUUUACUGCACUUUUAAAGUGAUUGUAACAGUUAAUAGUAUUUUUAAAUAGCAGUUGGACAUCAGUUUCUAGGACUGGUAAGACAAUUACUUGUGCUUCUAUUCUGCCUUAUCGUCAUCAAAUGCACAAUGAACAUUAGCAUACCAUAUGUAUAAAUGUAUAUAUUUAAGGUCAUUCACUGUUUUGUCUGUGUAUUGCUAUUUUUUUUUUCCUUUUGUAUAGUGAAAGUUGCAGUGAUAUAUAUACAUACACAC